AUGGCUAUUGUUAAUCAUAACUUAAGUCUAUUUAUGAAUUAUGACCGUUUAAGCGAACUUGUCGACUCGCGAUACAAACGAGGUAGAGCCAGCCGUAAAGAAACUGGUUUUCGUUUGUUCACCGAAGUUUUCGAAGAUAGAUAUACUUCAGUAUUGAUUAAUCAAAAUAUGCAACGUCAAAAUCCUAACAUUAUCAGAAAAGCAUCUGAGAUUCGUUGGCGUAACAUGGCACAAACAGAACGUCGACUAUAUAAUGCAUACGCUGAAAAUUUGAAUGCUGAAAAUUUGAAAAGAAAGUUCAGACCUUCGAAUUUUUCGGCUGGUAUGGAUUUAUUCGUUCAAACCCUAUUCAAUGGGGAAGCACCUAAAAUUCCAGAUGAUCGACCAGGAUUAAAAAAAGAGAUCAAUUUGGAACAAUAUUUUUUAUAA